AUGGAGGUAGCAGGGAGAAAAUCCAAUCUUGAUACUAAUUGUCAAGGAUCAAAUGAAGACGAUGACGACUUCUACUGUGAUCCAUGUGAGAACGAAGGGGAACGACAACCAGCGGAAGGGUUCUGUGUAGACUGCCAGGAGUAUCUGUGUUCUUCCUGCUUUAAAAUACACCGACGUCCUUCACUGUGGCGUCACCACGUUCUCCUAGAUAAAUACGCGAUGCCUAAAACAAAGACGAAAGAACAGUUAAAUUAUGAAUGUACCGAACCAUGUGUUCAGCAUUCUACAAAGAUUUUAGAAUAUUAUUGUCAGACGCAUGAUCAGCUAGGCUGUCCAGUCUGUGUAACCGGAAACCACAGAACUUGCAACGAUGUAGAUUAUAUUCCACAUAUAGCAGGACAAUAUAAGGAAAGUUCAGAGAUAAAUGAAAUAUUUAACUCCCUUGAAAGUUUACAAGAAAAGACCGAUGAAUAUAUAUCUACACCGAACGAUGACAAAUUAAAGGUCGCUGCGUACGAAAAGAAUGCAAAAGCACGCGUAUUGCAACUGAGAGAUGAAUUCAAUAGCAUAUGUGAUAGGCUAGAAGAAGAUAUCGACACAAUAAAAGAAUCUGACGAAACGAAAAUUGAAUCCUGUAUCAAGACUUACGAGGACAUUUCAAAGAAAAUCAAAACACGCGUAGCUGUCAUGGAAAAGAAACGAACAGAGAUGAAGGUGUCUCAGCUGUUUACUGAAGCUAAACUGUCUAAAUUAUCAGUGGACGAACUCACCAAAGAGAUGGCAUCAGCAAGAGAUAAUGCAAAAAUUCGACACUAUGAGAUUGACUUUAAUGUAGAGGAAUUAAGUGAAGGUCUUAAGCUGAGUUUCCAUGACAACCGAAUAGAAGCAGUCAGGUCAGAAUUAAAGCACCAUAGUCCAUCAAAUUCUCAGAAUAAACUGGCAAGAAAUUCAAAACGGCGUGACACCACAGUUGAAGAUGAUCCGGAAGCAAAGGGCAGCAAUAUUUCAGCGUUGUUAGAUGAUAUCAUGAAGCUGCAGUCAAAUAAAACAGCAAAUGCACCUGGUCAAAGUGAAAAUGGGAGCAAACGAAAUGUUAAGGGUCCUACACUGACAUCCUUUGAAUAUUCACCUGGUCUCUCUUACUCAGAUGUUCGGAAUACUCAGGACACUAAAGGAAUAUUAAAGUAUGACCGAGAGUUUCUGUUGCAGUUUCGUACUUGCGCCUACGCCCUGCGGAAACCAGAACAUCUUCUUGAUGAUCCAGAUAUCAUUCUGGAUACGCCGAAUGAAGCCUCUUCUAAUGACAUACAAAAUGAUUUCAAUUCAAAAUAUGCAUGGACAGCUACUGCACGCAAGAAACAAUCAAAAUCGAAGGUUUCUAGCUCUGAAUUGGGUGCCUCUGAACUGAGUACACCAAGUAAGUCUAAUGCUGACCUGAGAGAGCAAUCACCAGUAAAUGUAUCACAGCCGCAGCAAACUCUGGGACACGUUAUAAGACCAGCUACUUCCAGUCAGCAGAACAUGUAUGCUAUGCCACCACCACUGCUACCUUACCAUGUGCCUUUGACAUAUCCGCAGUCUAGUGCAGCACAAUUAACAUAUCCCGGGCUACAAAAUGUUAUGAACCCAAAUAUGCAGGGAAUGCCGUAUCCUCUGCCUCCUGGUAUACCCUACAGUCCUCAAGGACCUCCGCAGAUUCCUCGCCCAUCGUUUACUCCGUUUGGUUUUGAGCAACAGUUUAUGGGUAUACAUGCCAAUGAUGAUCAACAAUCACAAAAGGUCCGUCCAAGCAACAGAAACACCUCGGCUGAAAUUUCAAAGGUAGGAGCUCAGUUGAACGACUUUAUCCUGAAGGAUAAAAAGGAUAAUGAAAUGGUUAUUGAAUGGAUCGACAGUAAUGUUGAUGUUUCAACUAGAAAACAGCCUCGAUUCAUACGUGCUCUUAUGACCGUGAUAUGUAAUAGCGCAAUUAAAGGAAACAAGGGCCAUGAGAAAUUAGAGCCAAAGGAAAUCAGCGCUAGGAAUGAUUUAAUACAGCGGUAUAUCAAUCAUGAAAGUGAGCUGGAACUACAAGCUCUUUACGCUGUACAGGCAUUUAUAACUCAUCUUGGACACCCUAAAGGGAUAUUGCGGGGAUUGUUCGACACAUUGUAUGACGAGGAUCUUAUCGGUGAAGAUGCAUUUUUUCAGUGGGAAGGAUCGAAAGAUGAGCCAGAAGGAAAGGAAGAAUGCCUGAAACAGACAAUACAGUUCUUAACUUGGUUAAAGGAGGAAGAUGAGGAUAGUUGAUUGGAUCGAUUGCUGGUGUUCAUCAUUAGUAACGUCAAAAUAAUUCAAAAAUAAUAUAGACUUUAAUUAGGUGAUUUUAUAAAAUUGUUGCAAGGCUACAAUAGGAAGGAAAUUUUGUACAUAUCAAAUAAACUUACGUCUAAAAAACCUACCAUUUAUCAUACACAACGCAUACAUAAGAUAAUAUAACGUUAGUCGAUGACCAUUUCAGACCAAAUAGAUCUUUAUCUGUAUGUGAGUUGUUCCUGUUCUACUUGUUUUGAAAUAACAAGCCCGACUACGGGUAUUAUUGACCAAAGGCAUAUGUAUACCGCCUUUUGUUAGUUUUAUUCUCAGACUGACAGUAAAAGUUUCAUUCGUUUUAAUUAUAAAAAUAUAUUUGAAAUCAGUCAGUCUUCUGUCUAACAAAAACAGUUCAUCGGUAACCGUCAAUGUAAACAGCUACACAAACGAUUUGUCUACCGAUAUCUUUCAAAAACCUUUGUUAAAUGAUGUAACCAUUCAUUUGUAAUUGCUGCUAACGGCAUGUGUGGUGAAACAGUAUAGUUCUUCAAUAUUUAUAUUAAUAGCUAGAAUGUAAUUGCAGUAGGGAGAAAAUAAAACUGUCAUUCCAUAAGUCUCAUGUUCGGUCCUUGGCCGAGCCGAAUGUUCGCUAUAGAGAUUUUGCAGAGAAAAAAGUAGGUAUUGUUUACUAGUAAAAAGAUAAUAAUUAUUUAUCGACAGUGUGUUUUCUGAUUGGUUUCUAACGUGGUAUAUCGAUUUUUCAGCUUUAUUGUUGAGUAAAACGAUCCUGGACUAACAUUUUUUCAAACAUAUCCACACUGGAUAACCGGCUAUGAGUGUCCCGACGCCCACUCGACAAAACAAUAACCCCGCUGUCAAUGGGUAGGUAGAGUUUUUUCAUUUAUUUCUAUUGAUACGAAGCAAAUCCUUGAAAUUCAACUUGGCGGUUUUGUUAAUGAAUGGACAUACUUCUGAUCUGAAAACGAUCUUUAUAUUUUUUAAAUUUCCUAACAAUUUCUUCAGUCUGAAAAAUCUUACAAAAUUAUGUGUGAAAUGUCCGUGUUCUACAUUCUUUCUGAAAAUAAUAUAAGCCGUUAAAUCAAAUACGGCUGUAUGCAUACCUUUGUGUUACUGGGAACUGGUGAUUUCAUCAGUUUCAUUUCAUACGGCUUUGUCAAAUAUGACUAUAUUCCUUUACACCCUGACUGAAUUUUUCUAAGAGCUCGCGUAAUUGCCAUUUCUUCACCUUGCGAAAGAUACCAUAAAAAGUUUAGUUUAGUUUGUUGGAUUUACUGUCACACUGACGUAUAGCGAUUAGUUCAUAUAGCGAUUUUUCCAGCUUUUGAAAGUGGAGGAAGAACUCAGGUGUCUCUCCAGGAUACUAUAAAAAGUACUUUUACCGCGGGUUUUGCAAGUGUAAAUGAUUGCUUUUGGUAGUUACUCCUUUGAAUAUCGUUUGAUAAAUUAAGUAUUUAAUUUAUAAUGUCGUACAUUUGAUAUUACGAUUCAUUUCAAUUAUGCUAAUGAGAGAGGAUCACAUUUUAAAUGCAUUUCUACCUUUAAUAAUGAUAUUUCCUCUGACGAAUUUUAUAAGAGAAUUUGUUUUACAAGUUCAAGUUUUCUGUACUUUAUCACUUCAUUUGAAUGAACGUGCAAUAAAUGUUGUAUAAUCUCUUCGAAUGUUUUAAAUCCACAUAUGCAUUAAUAACAGUUAUGCAGUUCUUUAUAUUUUUCUUUUUUACAGUAAUUAUUUGUGAUUCUUUUACUGUAUACCAAUCCUCGUUCACCCCUGUAGGUAUUAGACUACUAUUUUCUGUUGUAACGGAUAUAAUACUUGUAACACCUGUAUCAAACUCGUACUGAAUUACACACUCCAAACAUUUCAGUCGUGUAUCCAACUUUUCCCUUUUUAAAAUUCAAUUCUUUCUCCUUAUACCUAACGCGUUUGUCAUCAUGUUUUUAUUAGAUGAUGUAUAAUCUCUUUGAACCCUUCAAACACUGCUGAACAAUAGUAGCAGAUGUACAAAGGAAACUGUGUGUGUACAAUAUCCCGAAACAACUGGCAACUUAAUAGUAUUUAAAUAGUACAGCAUUUAACUGAUUUUAAGACUAGAAUUCAUUUAUUACGUGAACCAAGUUAUUUAACCCUUAAUGUUAAUGCUUAGCAAUAUUUGUAAUUCAGCCACUUAAUCCUUAAUAUGUUUUAUUAAAAAAAAACAGGUCCAAGAGUCCCAAAGGAAAGGCCACAUUAAAACAAGUUAAAUUGUCGUGUAAUACAAAGUCAAUUUGAAUCGAAAAUGCAGCAUUGACCUUGGUCUUAUUCUAUAUAGCCCUAUGGAAUUUCUGAAAAUAUAACGAUCAUUUUCAGACCAGAAGUUGUAAAUGUAAGCCAUAUUCAUGCCGAGUUGAAUUGCAAGAAUUUGUUUCGUACCAAUAGAAAUAAAUGAAAAACUCUACCUACACAUUUACAGUUGGUUACUUUUCCAGCGGGUUUUUUUGUCCAGGGGCGUAUGGAUAGUCCGGUAUCCAGUGUGAUAUCAUUUGCAAUAAUAUUUAUGACACUUAGAAUUACAUUUUUAUUCUUUUCACUUUUUAACAAUGCGUUCAAAUGAUUUGUUCUGAUAUCGUAUUCACAUAAAUCAUAUCUUAUUAUCUCAUUUGAAAAGUAUAUUUAUAGCACAGACAAAGAAGAGUUAUAGUUAUAAUUGAAAAAUAAUAAAUGAUUUAAGUAGCA